UUUGAACAGGGGUAGAAUCGUAAAACAAAACUUUAUAUAUUUUCUCUCUCCUCUUCUCUCUUUCUCUCUCUCUUCGCCUUUUUAUCUCCACCCAAAUUACGAGCCCUAAACUUCCACGAUUCCAAGGCGAUUUCAGAACGCUAGGGGAUCGUCUAUCAGACGCUCGUAAAUUUGGGGGAGAUUCGUGAAUAGAAAUCUGAAAGCAUGGAGCACCACGAGGAGACAGGGUGCCAAGCUCCUCCAGAGGGCCCAAUCCUCUGCAUCAAUAACUGUGGCUUCUUUGGGAGUGCAGCUACAAUGAAUAUGUGCUCCAAGUGCCACAAGGAUCUUGUCUUGAAACAAGAACAGGCUAAGCUGGCGGCAGCGUCCAUCACCAGUGGCAAAGAACCUGUCAUUUCCAGCAACGCCGAUGUAGCAGUUGCUGCAGUGGAGCCAAAAAUCAUUUCACAGCCAUCUGAUGCCUCUGUGUCAAGUGAAAGCAAUGAACCAAAGGCAAACAAAGGUCCUACUAGAUGCAACACCUGUAACAAAAGAGUAGGCCUGACCGGCUUCAAUUGCCGGUGUGGAAACAUCUUUUGUGCGAGCCAUCGAUACUCAGACAAGCAUAACUGCCCAUUUGAUUACCAGACAGCUGCUAGGGAUGCGAUUGCUAAGGCCAACCCUGUUGUCAAAGCCGAGAAGCUUGACAAGAUAUAGAGAAGAUUAUUAAGAAAUGUCUGGAGGCAUGAUGAUGAUGCUUGAAAGGCAUCUUUGCAGCCUCAAAGAACUCUUUAUCUUGUUGAUUGGGAAAAAAGGUUUGCAUGUCCUGUCUAGUGUGUAAACUUUUAAUUUGGUGAUGGUUUGAUCGACACUUAUGUGCUUAUGAUUUGGUUAGCUUUGUAAUCUACUAUCUGUCAUAGUUCAUCUUUUACAUCUUAUCUGUUGUUUUGUAGCAUUAGCAUAUGAGAUGGUGUGAAAACUGUGCAUCUCAUCAGUUAUCAUGUUAAUUUAGACUUUGUUGCUUC